AUUUUAUAGUCCUUCUUUUGUCAUUAAAAGGUUGGAAGGUGGGUGGAGCUGAGUGGUCUGUGCUUUAGAGUGGUUGGAGAGCGCUUUGGGAAAGAGCUGGCGGCCAUAAGAGACAGGCCCUUAGUGCGAAGCUUUCGUUUUUGCGAUGGCAUGCUGCGUGCGAGGUAGCAGCGACUCUUAGCAGACAGAUGAGGAACUUGUGGACGUCUUCUAGGAAACCUCUACGCUUUCUCCGGACGACGCCAGAGCACCUCCCAGACAAUGAUCCAAAACAACACGCAAACGCGACAACUCCACACCAAAGCUCCCUGCUUCAGCGCCGCAGACUGCCGAGAACCACCUUCAUCCUCGCAAACGCACGAGCACCGAAAAUCACAUCGAAGCCAUCGCGCUCAUCACCAUGCUACACAACAGGACUACCGCCUCAACCAUCCUCAGCAUCAUCUUCAACGUUACCAAAUACAAUGUCACAGCCGCCGUCGGCUUCACGGUCCUCAACCGCAUCUUCCCCGAGCCGACGAACCACUGGCUCUGCACGCCCCUCAAGCUCAACACGAUCGCCGUCAUGACUCUCAUCGCAUACCCCACUUUAUGGUUCGUCGGCAAGCUGUGGCCAUUGUGGUUGAUGGGGACGUCGCUGUGGGAUGCUAUUCAUGGGACAGCGACGCCGCAGCAUCAGCACUGGAUACAGAACAGGAUCCUCGAGAGUUUCGGAAUCACGUAAAGGGAGUGAGGAGACGGGCGGGGAAUGGUACGCGGAGUGUUGGGGUUGAAGGUAUCUGGGUUGUGGCAUUCAUUUUUGUGUAUGCGAAGGGCAUACGCGCU